AUGGAGGGUCAGUCACCUGUACCCCAGGUGGAGGAGGCCCGGUUAGCUGUAGCCCAGGUGGUGGAGGCCCGGGUAGCUGUAGCCCAGGUAGUGGAGGCCCAGGUAACUGCAGCCCAGGUGGUGGAGGCCUGGGUAGCUGCAGCCCAGGUGGUGGAGGCCCGGGUAGCUGCAGCCCAGGUGGUGGAGGCCCGGGAAGAUGUAGCCCAGGUGGUGGAGGCCCGGGAAGAUGUAGCCCAGGUGGUGGAGGCCCGAGUAGUUGGAGCCCAGGUGGUGGAGGCCCGGCUAGCUGUAGCCCAGGUGGUGGAGGCCCGAAUAGCUGUAGCCCAGGUGGUGGAAGCCCGGGUAGCUGUAGCCCAGGUGGUGGAGGCCCAGGUAGCUGUAGCCCAGGUGGUGGAGGCCCAGGUAGCUGUAGCCCAGGUGGUGGAGGCCCAAAUAGCUGUAGCCCAGGUGGUGGAGGCCCGGGUAGCUGUAGCCCAGGUGGUGGAGGCCCAGGUAGCUGGAGCCCAGGUGGUAGAGGCCCAGGUAGCUGCAGCCCAGGUGGUGGAGGCCCAGGUAGCUGCAGCCCAGGUGGUGGAGGCCUGGUUAGCUGUAGCCCAGGCAACUGAGGGAAGAACCAGGGUAGCUGUGGUUGUAGCCAGAUUAGCUCAGUUGUUGGGCCUGCUUGCUGUUGUCCAUCUAGGCCUGGACCAGGAUUUAUUUCAAUGUCACCAGCCAAAAGUAGUAUAA